CAGUGCAUGGCUGGUGAUUCUGGAGUCAAACAUUUGGGUUAAACAAAAUGAAGUCAUCCUGUAUUUAAAGCAUAGGCCAACAUAUGAGGUGAAGUGUCCGCCAUAAACAGGUUGCAAUAAAAUCAGAAAUAAGCCAUUUGUGGUGGAAGAAGUAUUCAGAUAUUUGACUAAAGUAAAAGUAGCAAUACCUACAUUGUAAAAAUACUCUGUUACAGGUAAAAGUCCUGCAUUCAAAAUCAAAAUCAAACAGUACAUUUCACUCUCUUCACAGACUGUGCCAUGGAUCAUGUGCUGAACAUUGCUGACAAUUACAUCUGCACUCCGUAUGUUUACCCGGCCUCGUGGCCCGAGGACUGGGCUCCGCGUCAGAUAAUCAGCCUGUGGGUGCUGACCAACCUGGGAGCAUUGCUGAUUUACCUGGGCUUCGGUGCUCUUAGCUUCUACUACGUGUUUGACCAUAAGCUCAUGAAACAUCCACAGUUUAUCGAGAACCAGGUAAGAAAAGAGAUUCAACUAGGAAUAGCCUCCAUCUUCUGGAUGAGCUUCCCCACUGUCGCCCUUUUCUUCGUGGAGAUCAAGGGACACAGCCAACUUUAUGACAACAUCAGCGAAUCUUCUCUGGGCUGGCCUGGCGUGUACCUGAGCAUUGCUGGUUUCUUGUUCUUUACGGACAUGUGUAUCUACUGGAUACACCGUUCCAUGCACCAUAGGAGCAUUUACAAGCACUUCCAUAAGCAGCACCAUAUAUUUAAGAUCCCUUCGCCUUUUGCCAGCCAUGCCUUCCACCCACUCGACGGCUUCCUGCAGAGCUUACCCUAUCACGUCUACCCAUUCAUCUUCCCCCUCCACAAGGUGGUCUACCUCUCACUAUUUGUCUUUGUCAACAUCUGGACCAUUUCCAUACACGAUGGGGACUACCGCAUCCCGGGCCCCCUGAUAUGUCUGAUCAAUGGUGCUGCUCACCACGUAGACCAUCAUCUCUUCUUCAACUACAACUAUGGACAAUACUUUACACUCUGGGACCGUCUAGGGGGCUCCUACCGACACCCCUCAGCCCUGCUGGGUAGGGGGCCACAUGACCACAUUCGCAAGCUCAUGGCAGAGGCUGCACGCACAUAGUGACGAUGGAGCUACAGCCAGGACUUUCUUUUCUGGUUUAAACCUCUCCGGGAGGUUCCUACACAGGUGCUCAGCCUGGGUCACGACGUAAGAGACAAUCGCAUCAGAUGUAAAACCAGCCAUCAAAAGCAGAAAUGAGAAGAAAAA